CCGACAGGCCAUUGCGACACCGUCCAGCGAGACACACGCAUGCGUCGGUGUAAAAAGUGUGCACCACAGUCCACACCGAGAUCUAGACUGCUACUGCGGUACCCCAUGCCACCUAAACGAAGGAAAGGUCGCCAAGUAUUUGUCUUAGAAGAACCAACAAGCACAGAAAGUGAUGAUGCAGCUAGUGUGGGAACUUCAGCUGGAGAGGGUAGUAUAGUUGAAGAUUUAGCUGGUGAUGACGAUGAGCAUGAUGCUGAUGCUGAUGCCAUUAGUCAGGAAGAUUUAGAAUUUCGAUUGUCUCAACACAUUGACAACAUGUCUGAUAAGAAUGUAAAGAAUCGAGAGACUGCCUUAGUUUUAGUCCAAAAAUUGCUCACAAAGAAGAUGUUUGGUGAUUUUCUGGAGGGAAGGAGAGAGAGUCUUUUACACAAUAUUGAAUUCUGCUUCAAGAAAGGUCGACUAUCUGAUGUAACACUAGCUGCUCCAGUUGCUGCACUACUUUGUAUUCAGCUUGGUGCUGGAGAAGAAUCAGAAGAAGUACUAACAGUUGUAAGACCUCUGCUAUGUAUGUUUGUUCAAGACAAACACCUCCCUGUGACAGUUCGUGCAAAUUGUGCAGAUGCUCUAGCUCUUAUUACAUUUAUUGCUUGUGAAGACAUUGGUCUUCUCAGUGAGGUCAUGGUCUUAAUGGAGCUGUUAUUUACACCAAAUGGAUCACAUAGUGCUGACUUGCAAUCUCAUGCUCUGGUGUCUUGGUGUCUGCUGUUGUCAAUUCUACCAGCAAGAAACUUUGAGUCAGUCAUAGACAGAAUACUACCUGUUGUUGUCAAGUUGUUGAGCUCUUCUGAUGUAUCACUUCGAAUUGCGGCAGGAGAAGCUGUGGCAUUGCUGUACGAAUUAGCAAGAGGGAAUGAUGAGGAUUUUGAACCUGAGAUAGAAGAAGAAUUGAUAGAGCAGCUUCAGUCUCUAGCUAGAGACAGUUCAAAAUAUCGCUCAAAGAAGGACAAGAAACAGCAACGGUCUUGUUUUCGUGAUGUUUUACGCACAGUAGAGGUAUAAAUGAAUUUGCAUCUUGUCAUGUCCUUAGUUGCUACCCCAUUUACUGCUGUUGGUGUACUUUUCAAUUUUAGUCAUUCCUGUCAACA